AUGACUCCCAGAGCGAGGCAAAAAGCAGCCCUUGAGGCGAGACAUCGAUUACAAGAGCUAGAUGGAGGUGCCCAGGGACAAAUACUCCAGCUCCAAUCUUAUAAUGUUCCUUCUCUUCCAGCUGGAGACUACACUAUCUCAAUCAAGCAGGAGAUAGAAAUAAAAGGCCAAGGAAAACAUGAGGUCAAAAAUCAGUCCACGCCAAACAGGGAGUUUACCGUUGACGGCCCUCGAUUUCUCAUUCCCGAGCAAGAUGUUUUGUCAGUCUACCCAACACCUGGCAGCAUCGAGGCAAACAAUGUUCUACCUCACAUUACUCUACGAGAACCAUCACUGCCAUGGGAACGAUAUGUUCAGAAGGAAGAACGCAAGCCUGCUAAGCAAGACGACGGCAUUGUACCAUGGGUGGCGCUGUUUGCAUUUGAGCAAGGAGAGCUGCUUGGCGACUCAAACUUGAUUCCGGGGUCAUCCAGAGAUCCGACCACUGGAGUUUUUAACGUGAAGCUCGCUGACCUCAUCUUGCACGGCGACGGGUCUGUCAAGUUCCCACUUCAAGAGUCGCCAAAAGGCACCAGCAACGACACCAUCAAACAUGAUGACAAGCCCCUUAUCUCUACCGAGGAGAUGGAUAGAGUAAGUCUCGACGUCAUCUUGGUUAGGCCAGAAGUCUUCAAACCACUCGUUCACGACAAGUACAAUGAGGACGGCAAACUCGAACUUCCUGAGGGGGCCACUGGAGACAUAUCUCGUUACAAAUAUCUUACCCAUCUCCGGAAGGACUUUGGAGACUCGGACGGGUUAGAUGCAAAGAGUCAUUCAGUUGUCAUAUCUCACCGAACACCACCAGCAGAUACCGCCACUCGCACAACAAUUGUCGUGCAUUUGCUAUCCCUUGAAGGCUGGGAGGACCUUGCCACCCGCAUCGAUCAUCAGACAGAGGCUGUCGCCUUGAUUUCGCUGUACUCAUGGACAUAUGAUGUCCCGCCCUCGUCGCCUAUUACCUUCAACCAAGUGUUUAGAGGACUGGCCAAGGGUCCUACCACUAAGACUGGCACCUCAGUUCCUGAUGAGGCAUUGGGGCUGCAGUGGCAAGAUGACUUUCGCAUGCUUCGCGCUCCUCAAGAGAUGAUCGCUAAGCUUGACCAAAACAAUGUCUUGUUUGCCAAAUCGACGCAGAUCAUGAAGAACAGACUAGUUGACGGUUACUCAGUGGUCAGGCAUGUUUUGCAAACGGGCGAGAUUGCCCCAGCUUUCUCUCGUGGUCCCCUCACGCCUGUUCCUGUGGCAGACAAUAUUCUCCUGGACGACUUCCAGCAGCAGAUGCAGAGGGUCUUGAAGCUGGAGAGAUCCGAAACUUCCCAGACCCCGGAGCGAAAAGGUUACGCACAGUCUCUGCACGGAAAAGACUUUGAGAUUAUGGACCGGGAUCUGGGAAUUGUCGAUAUAUCCUACUCCAGUGCCUGGCAACUUGGCCGUCUGUUAAGUCUAAGCAACCAAGAGUUUAGCAGUGCCGUUACCAAGCUUCGGCGUGAGGUUGUGGAUGGAGCUAUCGUUGAAAGCUUGUUCAACAAUCAUUUCGAUGGUGAGGCGAGCUUCAAGGACUUACACUCGUUUAUGGAGUCCUCGCGCACAGCAUCCUUCUAUGGGAAUACUGCAACAAACCCGGCACUGAGCUCGCAGCCGCCAGAGCUCCCCAGAGCUUUCAGAUCUGCUGCUAUGCCUGGCCUCACCACGAAACACAAGUUCAAGUCUAAUGCGGAGGCCACCAUGAAAGUUAUUGAUUCAAUGUCUACACGAGUGGAACAGGCCGCCUCAUCUCAAGACCUAACCUCAGCAACGGGUGAAGCACAAAUCUUCAACGAGCUCAACACUCCAAACUCUAGCACCUUUCCAGUCAUUCUCAAGCAACUGUUGGACUUCAAAUACCUCGACUGCAUCCCGAUCCACUACCUAAUCACAGAUCCUUCACAUCUUCCUGAAGAAUCGAUGCGCUUCUUCUAUGUGGACCCGAAUUGGAUCAAUGCCAUGAUUGACGGGGCCUUGAGUGUAGGGAAUACACUCGAGAUUGGGGGCCAGGAUGUCUUCAAGCUAAUGAUCAAAAACGCGGUAAACGAGUACGAAAAGAGGGAAUUGAGCAUUGAGAAGGCAGCCCACAAACCGCAGAUACCGAAGUUUGGCCUCUUUAUUCGAAGUUCGACUGUCAUGUCUUGGAAAGAUCUCAACAUAUCAGCACCUUUCCCCAAGGGCUGGAAGGGAGAUAAGCUGGAGAUAUUGUCAACCAGGCGUGUUGCCAAGGACACCAUCAUGAUACUGCUGGAUCGAUGUCCGGAAGAUGUCGUGACAGUAGAAGACAUCCCGAUCAAGACAAGCCCCGAAGAGAAGGAGGAAAUGGCGAAACAAGUGGAAAACGCCAACGCUGACCCAAUUUACCUCUUAGACUCGAUCACAAUUGCGCAGCCACCUCAUCAGCAAUGUUUUGCUUUGGGAACAUCGCUCCGUGCCACUACGCUAGAGAUAUCUGGAUUCUGGGACAUCGACCCUGACCAUGUUGGUGCAGAUGCAAAAUGGGGGGCUCUUCAAGCCCCGACUAGCCAGUUUCAGAGGGGCAGAGGGGGGUCACAGAUUUACGACUGGGACAACAAAAUCAUCCGCGUCGUUGAUCUGAUGAAAAUGAUCAUGACCACAAUGAAAGACAAGUCUAAAGUUAACAGGAUCGAAACACCGGGCCCAGUUCUUUUUGCUUUGAAUAUGGGAUCCAGUGUUCUCAAGAUGUCUAUCGCUAAGCUACGUCAGGGAGAGUCUCUUCCUAAAUGGCCUGUCGUGCCAGACGCCUUGCAGACUUUGUCGAUGAGCCAAGCAGAUGAGGAACAAGUUAUGAGUAGCGCCAAUUCACUCUUGGGGCUUUGGUCCAGACCAUAUCCAGUGAUUAAAGAGAGUGGCAGCCUCAUGGUCGUCAAGAGGCAUCCAGAUGAGCAGCACGGAUAUACCAUCCACGCUGUCGCGAGUUUUGAGGCUCUACGACAAGCACAGCUGAAGUCGGCAGAAGAGUAUAUCGUCGCUGUGCCGAGUCCCCCACACAAGGCUGUUCCUCUGGUGCUCCACAAGCAAACCACAGGUCCAGUUUCUGAUGAGGUUGAAGAAGACCCCAAUCUCGCUUACACCAUGUCGUACGUGGUCAGUGUUACAAAACAUGACUCGGUUGACAUUAUAAACAAGUCCAAAAUUGACGGCACAAAGCUUGAUCUGGGAAUCAAAAUACGGUGGUUUAGGAGCCGAAAGGCUGCGAUAUCAGCGAUAUCGGAGGUGGCUAUAGAGAUUCAAGAAGCUGGGGACAGAAUUACCCGCUACUCGGGAUCUGGGGUAAAGCUACUUAAUCGAGCACGAUGGCGGGCGGGGAUUCAAGUGCAGCAGAACCAGAAGCUGCGCGUGUCUGUACAGCCUCGCGGCAAAGCAGAUGCUUGGACAGUAGGCGACAUCAACGGUAUGUGUGUCUUGAUCCCAGGACUAUCGGGUAAAAGGAACCCGGAAGAUCCCCCAGAUUCCGCGCUCGAAGUCAUCUUCGAAGUCAAGGUCACAGUCAAAGUCACAGAAAAUGGCUUUGCUGGCAAGGUUAUUUUGCCAGUGGGAGGGGAGCGAAGUAGCUAG